GAGCCCAAGUAUGUGCAAGCGGAGUACGACAACCUCGGGCAUCAACCGGGAGAGCUCGGCUUCCGGGCGGGAGAUGUGAUUCAGGUGACGCAGCAGGGCGAAGACGGCGGUUGGUGGGAGGGCUUGCUCGACGGCCAGUACGGUUGGUUCCCCUCCACUUUCUGUGCGCCGUACUACUCGCAU